UGUAAAAAAUAUACAGCCUGUAUCGAAAUUAUAGCUUUGUGAUCAAUCUGUGUUAAUUUGACGUUAGCGUGUGGACGAACUUGUAGCAGUUUUAUUACUGAAGCUGGAAAAUGUCUUUUACUGAACGCCCCACAACAUCGAAGGAUAACUCCUUUGAUUCUUUCUAUACGGAGGUUAAAGAAAUUGAAAAACGCGAUUCUGUUCUAACCUGUUCUCAACAAAUUGAUCGUUUACUUCGUCCAGGUUCCACAUACUUCAAUCUCAAUCCAUUCGAGGUGCUACAAAUAGAGCCUGAGGCCACUGUUGAAGAAAUAAAGAAACGCUAUCGCACUCUCUCCAUAUUGGUACAUCCAGAUAAGAAUCAGGACGAUAAAGAACGCGCACAGACUGCUUUUGAUAUCAUAAACCGGGCAUGGAAGACACUGGAAAAUGAUGUAACACGCAAAAAGUGCUUGGGCGUGUACGAGGAGGCGAAAGAAAGGACCGAUCACAUGAUUGCAGAAAAGCGAAAGAAGUUGCGAAAAGAGAGUAAAGGAUUCGAAAGUAUCCCUGAAGAUGAUCCAGCAAAGUACAAACAUGCUGUAUAUGUAAUGGUAAUGAAACUAUUUGCUGACAUGGAACGCCGUCGACAACAAUUAGAUACGCGAGAUCAAGAGGAACGCAAACGUAAACGAGAAGCCGAAAUAGAAGAAGAAGAGAAACGUAAAGCCGACACAGAAUGGCAAAAAAAUUUUGAAGAAUCGCGCCAAAGUCGUGUAAAUAGUUGGCAUGAUUUCCAGUCGGGAGCCAGUAAAUCGAAAAAGUCUAAAAAACAAAAACGCAUGCACGGCAUGAUUGUUCCACCUAAAUUUAAACCUGAGUCACGAUAAAUGCAAUUCAAUAAUUUCGUAAAAAUUUUUUGUAUAAAAUUAUUUUUACAAGUAAUGUUUAGUUUGUGAACCAUAAUAAAGGUUGACUUAUGUAUGUAUAUUGUAUACGUAAACAGGCCUUUAUUCAUAAAAUAAGUAUGAAUAUAAUGCUCAUUAAAGAUGUCAUUUAGUUGUCGCACAAUAUUAUGUUAAAAAGCGAGCGUCUCGUACAGCUUGAAAUAAACGCAUUUUGUAAAAUA